AGAACUGUUCCAAACUCAAUUUUUCAAGAAGCCUGUCGACAUAAACAACGUAGAAAUAUAACAACCACAAAUUAUCGUUCAUGGAGUGAAAGACUGGAAUCACUAGUGACGCACGUGCCCUUUCGGGCCCAGUUCCUCCUACUGUGAGCACCCUGAGGAAUGGAACAAGCCAUUUACCUCAGCGGGGUGGGGCGAACUAGCGUCCUUGCGCUUGCGCAGGAUUGACGGCGUCCCAGGCGUUCGACGAUGGAAGGCUUUAGGGGUUUGGGGUUCUAAGCAGUCGCUACGGUUCCUACAAGGUAUGAGCAUUUCUCAGGGACAAGAUGACAUUUUCUUAGACCUGAAGCAGAAAUUUUGGAAUACAUAUAAGACUGGUCUGAUGUACUGGCCUUUCGUGCAGCUGACCAACUUCAGCCUCGUUCCUGUGCAGUGGAGGACAGCUUACACCGGACUCUGUGGUUUCUUCUGGGCCACCUUCCUUUGCUUUUCCCAACAGAGCGGCGAUGGCACGUUGAAGUCAGUCUUCAUUCUCCUCCGUACAAAGGCAGCCGGAGCAGUCGAGAGACCUCCAGAGCAGUGAAAAAUCAAGGACUCCUUUAACAUGACCAAGUUUUCUUUUUCCCUCCCUAAAGGCACUGGAUUGCCUGCAGAGAAAAUACUUGAUUUACCAGUUAUGGGCUUCAUUUUGAACUAUUCCUUAGACCCACUUAUGUUUUAAUUACUAAUUAUUAUUAUUGUUGUUGUUAUCAUUUUUAAAAUUUAAAUU